UUCUCAUCAUCAUCCAGGAAGGAAAAUGCGAAUAAUUAUCGGACCAUGUUUUGCCGGCAGAGGAUUUCCGACUGCCGUUGAUUCGUCCGGUGGCGGGAUCAGAUUUCCGCGAAAGACCUCCGAUCCUUGAUUUACUCACCCUACAAACUCAUACAGGCCGCCAUGGACUCGACGGCGGCUGAACCCAACCAUCAGCUGGUCCCGCGCCGCGACACCUGUUGUUUCCGUCGCUCGCUUUUGUUCCUCUCUUUAGCUUUCAUCUCCUUCUUCUCCUUUCCCUGCCUCGUCGGCUUUGUUUCCGUUUCGUUUCAGAACUUGUGGAUCGUUAAUCCAAUCUCUGUUCCUUCUCAAUGCAAGAUCAUUUCCAGCAGUGUUGAUCUUAGGUCCUCAAAGGUCUGCAAACUUGGAUUAUUGAAUUACAAAGCAAACUAUGUGCUUUACCCAUUUGAAAGAAAGAAAUUCCGCUGUCGCUAUGAUUACUACUGGGCUUCUGUUUUCAAAGUUGCAUAUAGUGAUCAUUCUGGCGAAACCCGGUUUGCACUUGCCGAGGCUCCAAACGAAGCCCUUCCAGUUGACUGUAGGCCUAACUUUGAAGCUGCAUGGACAACCAGAGAUAUAUUUGAGGUGAACAAGACUUAUGACUGUUGGUACACCAUUGGUAUUUCUAAUGUGAAUCUUAAUGCCGACAAUUUCUUUAACUGCCAAGCUGAAGGUCCAUCCAUAUUUGAGAUGCUCAAACGAUAUUCCAUACUGUCAAUGCAAAUCUUGUUAUCCUGGUUUUCUGGGAGGGGAAGGAGUGAAUAUUGGAAAUGGGAAGUAAUAGCUGGUGCAUUAACUGGUUUCUUAACUUCCUUGAUAUCAGUUGGCUUGAUAGGCAUUGUCCCCUUAUUGAAGGCUCGGCUUUCUAAACUUGGGUUGCGCCCCAGAGAUUUUUUUGCAGCCCAAUCGAAACGAGCUUUUCUGUUUGUUGCAUAUUUUUCCUUAGCAGGGUGGUUGCUCAUUCAGUAUUUGAAAAUGCUCGGCUUUCCAAAUGUAUUAGACCGAGUCCUAUAAUUAUCCUAACACCCUUUUUUUUCCUUUUUUUUCUGUAGAUUGUUGGUUGGGGAGUGAAUGUUAAUGUGUAUAGAUAGUUUAUGGAGUAGAAUAAACAGAUAGUGGUUAGAUUAUUUGAUGUUUGUAUGAAACGAAAUCAGUCUAUACAACAAAGAUGAUGAUUCCUGUAGAGGUUCUGUUUGUAUUUUUAUUUUCAAACUUGGGUUUUC